AUUUACAAUUAGUGUCACCCGAUACCAUACUUCUUCAUACCACCAAACCAUCAUUAUAUCUAAUUUCUGCCUCAAUAAAAUCUAUUUCUGUUCCGAUAACAAUCAAAUCACGUAAAGCAUCGUUGGAUGAGCCAACAUCUGAAAUAAGACAUCACACA